GAUCCUGCGGGUUUGGAGCCCGGCAGGGCCAUGGGGGCCGGGGCCGGUGGGCCGGGCGUCCUGGCGCUGCUGUUCGCUGUGUGCGCUCCGCUCCGGCUGCAGGCGGAGGAGCUGGGUGAUGGCUGUGGGCACAUAGUGACCUCUCAGGACAGUGGCACAAUGACAUCUAAGAAUUAUCCAGGGACUUAUCCCAAUCACACCGUGUGUGAAAAGAUCAUCAGAGUCCCCAAGGGGAAGAGGCUCAUCCUGAGGUUGGGAGAUUUGAACAUUGAGUCCAAGACCUGCGCUUCCGACUAUCUUCUCUUCACCAGUCCAACAGACCAGUACGGUCCGUACUGUGGGAGUUGGGCUGUUCCCAAAGAACUCUGGGUGAACUCAAAUGAAGUGACUGUCCGGUUCCAGAGUGGAACUCACAUUUCUGGACGGGGCUUUCUUCUGGCCUAUACCAGCAGCGACCAUCCAGAUUUAAUAACCUGUUUGGAACGAGGCAAUCAUUAUUCAGAGGAAAAAUACAGCAAAUUCUGCCCAGCUGGUUGUAGAGACAUAGCAGGAGACAUUUCUGGGAAUAUGAAAGAUGGCUACAGAGAUACCUCUUUACUGUGCAAAGCUGCCAUCCACGCGGGGAUCAUCGCCGACGAACGAGGUGGCCACAUCAACCUGCUGCAGAGCAAAGGCGUCAGUCAUUAUGAAGGCGUCCUGGCCAAUGGUGUGCUCUCCCGGCAUGGUUCCCUGUCGGAAAAGCGUUUUCUGUUUACCUCCACCGGAAUGAAUAUCACCACCGUGAUUAUUCCAUCCGUGAUCCUCGCUAUCCUCCUUCUGGCUGGAAUGGGGGUCUUUGCAGUUUUCAGAAAGAGGAAGAAGAAAGGAAAUCCGUAUGUGUCAGCUGAGGCUCAGAAAACAGGCUGUUGGAAGCAGAUUAAAUAUCCCUUUGCUAGGCAUCAGUCGACUGAAUUUACCAUCAGCUAUGACAAUGAGAAGGAGAUGACACAAAAGCUGGAUCUUAUCACUAGUGACAUGGCCGAUUAUCAGCAGCCUCUCAUGAUCGGCACUGGAACAGUCACGAGGAAGGGCUCCACCUUCCGGCCCAUGGACACAGACACUGAGGAGGCCAAGGUGAACGCUGAGGCCAGCGGCCACUACGACUGUCCUCACCGCCUGGGCCGCCACGAGUACGCGUUGCCCUUGACGCACGCGGAGCCGGAGUACGCCACGCCCAUCGUGGAGCGGCACCUGUUACGAGCCCACACCUUCUCCACGCAGGACGGUUACCGAGUCCCCGGGCCCAGGCCCACUCACAAACACUCCCUCUCCUCCGGAGGGUAUCCCCCUGCCGCAGGGGCCACCCGGAGCGAAGGCUACCAGAGGCCAGCCAGCCCCAAGCCUGCGGGUGGUGGUGGCUACGACAAGCCCGCGGCCGGCAGCAUCGUGGACAGCAGAGACCCCUCCCCGCAGGUGCAGGUGACUCCUGGGGUGGACGAUGGUUAUUCAGCACCCAGAAACGGCCUCGCACCCCUCCACCAGAUGGCCGUGACCGCUCUUUUGUGAACCCAAUGUGAAAGAAACCUGCUGUGGUACUGAGCGUGCUCUGCUGCGAGUCACCGGAAGGAGUGUGUGUGUGCGCACGUGUGUGACUCUUCGGGAUCCUAGACAACCUCACUCACUGUUUACAGAACUGUGCAGCUGGUUUCCUUCCCGCCCCUUCCAGCAGACCCGGCUGGCUUCUGUUGCGCUGGACUGAGGAGACUUUCCUCACUUCUCCCACUGUGAUGCUGUGCUGUAAAAUGUGCAAUUUGUACGGUCGUACUUAACGUGAAUGAAAGGAAGGGAGUUUGUGGUGGUUUUCUACCCCGGGGUUAUAAGGAGAAAACUCGGGAUUUGCAGAGACGUGGUAGUUAGUACGUGUUCAUGUUUCUCAGUGUGUUUGAUGAUCUGACACUGUUAGCAGCAGGUCUGUUUAAAAAAAAAAAAAACCCUGUCUGGUUGUGGUGGCUCAUUUCCUCUUUGAUAAACUAAAAGCAUUUUUUGACAUUCCUUCUCCUGGAAGAAAUGAAAUUACUUGAAAUAGGAAAAGCACACGGGGGGGGGGGGGGGGGGGUAGGUGAUUGUUCACUUUCAUGGCCGUAGAUUUAUGCAAGCAAGCACACCCCCUCAGCAGCUUCUGCCUGCUUCCUUCGGCUCUUCUUGAGAGUGAGGGCAGCCCAGGGUCCUGGGGCCUGUGUGGGACCCAGCUGUACCCUGAGGGACCUCAUUCUCUAAGGAAAGGGCCUGGUCUUACUGCACAGUGUUCCUAAGCAAAUCGGCCUUUCCAGGGUGCUGAGACUCAACUUGUAAUGAAGGUAGCUGAAACCGCUGUGGCUCGGGGGACUGUCAGGUAUUUCUAGACCCCAGAUUUGAAAUGUAGCUGAGCUCAGAAGGCCUGCUUCUCACAACUUUCUCCAGAAAUAGUGCACGUCGGCGACUUCCAUUAUCCCUGGAAAACAAAUGUUAUUUGAAAUGUGUUCUCCCUCGUGUCUAAGUAGAGAUUUCCAGUGGCGGGCUGGCAGUUGAACUGGUGGUGUAACAAAGCUGUUUUCUCCUAAAUAUGUGAUUAUACUCAUAGAGUUGCACAGGUCUCGGCUGUACCUCAUGUUCAGUGGUGUUCUCCCUGAGUUGGCUUUGUGAAUUAACGGGGGGAUUUAACCUCUUUGGCCAAAGAGGAGUAAGUAUGUGUCUUGUUUGUUAAUAGAAAAUAUGGCUCUCCCCCCCC